AUGGAAAAGGAGAUGAUAAAUGCAAAGAGACAAAUGGUGAGUGGAAAAGACGGAGAAGAUUAUGAGAGGGAAAGACUGAGUGACUUGCCUGAGUGCAUUUUGCUCCAUAUAAUGAAAUUUAUGAACACAAGACAUGCCGUACAGACUUGUGUGUUGUCUAAACGAUGGAAGGACCUUUGGAAACGUCUCACUAGUUUCUCUAUGAGUUACUACAAUGGGAGGAUUCACAGUUAUAACAAUUUUCUGUCUCGGUUUCUGUUUUGUCGUGAUGAUUCGAUUUCGCUACUCAAUCUUGAUUUCAUUGUCUUCCGUUCCACUGCACGCAGCAAACUCCUGAAGAACAUCCUAGAACAUGCUGCUUCGCACAAUAUCCAGCAGCUGACAAUUACAACAGAUUUCACAUUAACAAAAAUACCCAAUUCUUUUGUCCCUCUCAUUUUUGGCUGUCAUUCUUUGAAAUCUCUUGAGCUUUUCAUGAGUUCUGGCUCUACCUUGAAUCUUCCAAAAUCUCUGCUGUUACCAUCACUAAAAAGCCUGCAUCUCACCAAUGUUAGUUUUGCCGCAAGUGACAAUGGCUGCACUGAGCCCUUUUCAAAUUGGGCAAGGUGCUUUGAAAAUGAACAAGGAAUCUCAUUUGAUAAAGAAAUCAUCAUCAGUGAACGAGGCACACCAGAGGCCACCGGUGAUAAUCUACACGCAUUCUCCGAAGGUGAUUCAGAUGCACGCAGAAACUUCAUGGAACUCGUUCAGAAUCUCACCGGACUCUAUCGCGCUGGCCACGACCCCGAGGACGCCGACGAGGCCGACUUGAAACCGCCGACGCCGCCGCGGAAGGAGGAGCCGAAGGCGAACGAAGCGGCGUCGCCGGAGGAGGUGGAGAGUAGUUGCUGCAACUGCGUGGCUCCGCUGAUCCCUGAUUACAACAACGCCAAUAAUUAUGCGGUAUUUGAAUCCGAUUUGAAUAAGCCCUUGCUCACCUUCGCGAAUCCCUCCUUCUUCUCAGGAUGA